AUGUGGUUGGCUAAAUUCUUCCUUCUUCCCAUCUUAUUCCUGAUGGUCUUUGGUUUUGAUCCUAUCAACAAGACGGAUCAAAAAAUCCAAACAUUCUUGGGAAACCUCGCGAACAAACUUGCCACCAGAGAGGUUGAAAAUGUUGAAGGAUAUUUUGACCCGAAAUUCAGUUUCCGUGCAUGUUCGGAAAUGUUUACGCUCAAUGGUCUGGUGUACCGCAUGAAUAAGGUUCCGAAAUCCGAAUCGGUCAAGCUCUCUUGUGACACGUGGCGCUGGAUGGAUGAAGGAGUUCGAAUGACUGUUCACAGUAAAGGUCUCGGACAAUUCUCCGAGAAACCCAUGGAACUUUUGCUUAAUUUGGACAAAACAAUUGUCAUCUCAGGAGCAUCGAUGGAUUGCGAGAGAAGACAAAGAAGAAACGUUGCUGCUGCUUCAUUGGAACAAUGA